GGGGGAGCAGAUAUAGUGACUGCAGGGUCCAGAGAAAGCAGAUAUAGUGAAUGCAGGGUCCUGGGAGACCGGAUAUAGUGAAUGCAGGGUCCGGGGAGACCAGAUAUAGUGAAUGCAGGGUCCUGGGAGACCGGAUAUAGUGAAUGCAGGGUCCUGGGAGACCGGAUAUAGUGAAUGCAGGGUUCGGGGAGACCGGAUAUAGUGAAUGCAGGGUCCUGGGAGACCAGAUAUAGUGAAUGCAGGGUCCUGGGAGAGCAGAUAUAGUGAAUGCAGGGUUCGGGGAGACCGGAUAUAGUGAAUGCAGGGUCCUCGGGAGACCAGAUAUAGUGAAUGCAGGGUCCGGGGAGAGCAGAUAUAGUGAAUGCAGGGGUCUGGGGAGACCGGAUAUAGUGAAUGCAGGGUCCGGGGAGACCGGAUAUAGUGAAUGCAGGGUCCGGGGAGACCGGAUAUAGUGAAUGCAGGGUCCGGGGAGACCGGAUAUAGUGAAUGCAGGGUCCGGGGAGACCGGAUAUAGUGAAUGCAGGGUCUGGGGAGA